GGUCCGAAGCUCAAGUUCCACAAUCAAUUAAACGCAAUUUGAUUGAAAAUGUAACAUGCGAGUAGAAAAUGAAAUCUAAAAACACCAAGCAUAUUUGGUUUAAUUUGAAAGGCACAACCGGAAAUGUAGUUGCGUGUACGCUAAGUGACUGCUGCACAUUCAAAGCGAUUCUUUGGUGUUUUGGUCCAAGAACAACCCGUUCCCCAAAAUGACAGCCAAGAAGUCCGGCUCACGCCUGGAGACCGAGAUAGAGCGCUGCCGUUCAGAGGGACAGUGGGACAAGAUACCGGAGUUAGUUCGACAACUCUCGGCUAAGUUGAUAUCAAACGAUGACCUCGGAGAGCUGUUGUUGGGGGAAUGCAAGUUUCAGACGUACCUGAAGGAGAAUCCAAUUAAACAGGGAGCGAGUCCGAGGGGUCCACGACCAAAACUGGUAGAGGUCAGGAAGCACCUCACGGCUGCUCUGGACAGAGGAAACCUCAAGGCUGAUUAUCUCCAGGAAGCAAGUCUUCUCAUGGCCAAACUUAGUUAUGUCGAGGCAGAAUACAAAGACGCCUUAGGUCACUAUAACAGGGUCAAUAUGGAUGACAUGCAGCUGGCGGGAGCUCCAGUAUACAGGCUUUCUAUGAUAGCAGAAGCUUAUGCCACGAAAGGUUUGUGUCUAGAAAAGGUCCCAGCUGCCUCUCCACUCCUGUCUAAUAAGAACACCGGUUCUCCUUCCUCCAGUCGUAACAAAACUGAACGAGAGCAAGAAAUAAUCAGCUGCUAUGAAAAGUCUGGAGACAUUGCUCUACUGUACCUUCAGGAGGCUGAGAAGGCAUUGUCAGCUGGAAUUCAGAAUCGUAGCCCAAAGCCUGGUCCAGCUUCCCAGGACCAGGAACUGGGAUACUUCCUUGAGACAGGGCUGCAGAGAGCUCAUGUUAUCCAUUUUAAGAAUGGAAACCUGACGCAAGGCGUUGGGCGAUUUCGAGAAAUUCUUCGAGCUGUUGAGACCAGAACAACACAGAACCUGCGCAUGACGAUAGCGAGACAGCUUGCAGAGAUCUUGCUCCGAGGAAUGUGCGAACAGAGUUACUGGUCUCCUGUGGAAGACCCGCCUACUGUGUCACCACUGGACGAUCCCACUCGACAAGGACACAUACAAAGCAAGAAGUACAUCUUAAGCAGGCGCCCACGAGUGUACUCAGGAGAGAAUCUUUUUUGCCCCCAGGAGAACACAGAGGAAGCAUUAUUGCUGCUCCUCAUUAGUGAGUCAAUGGCUAAUCGAGACGCUGUCCUAAGCAGGAUUCCCGAACACAACAAUGAUCGAAUCAUUAGUCUGCAGUCUGCCUCUGUGGUGUAUGACCUGCUAACUAUAGCUUUGGGCAGGAGAGGGCAGUAUGAGAUGCUGUCAGAGUGUUUGGAACGAGCCAUGAAGUUUGCUUUUGAGGAGUUCCACUUAUGGUACCAGCUUGCACUGUCUUUAAUGGCUGCUGGGAAAUCUGCUCGGGCAGUUAAAGUUCUGAAGGAGUGCAUGCGUCUAAAGCCCGACGACCCCACCAUUCCGCUGCUGGCUGUCAAACUGUGUAUCGGACCCCUUCACUGGUUGGAUGAGGGCGAGUCCUUUGGCAAAAUGGUGAUUGACAUGGGGGAGAAAGCAGCUGAGUUUAGAGCUAAAGGCUACUUGGCUAUUGGACUGGUGUACAGCCUCAAAGCGACAGAUGCAUCAUUGCGAAGCACCCAAGAAGAGUAUCAGAGGAAAGCUUUGGGAGCCUUCCAGAGAGCUCAAAGUUUGUCUCCAACAGACCAUCUAGCAGCCUUCUAUCUUGCACUGCAGCUUGCUGUGUCCAGACAGAUUCCCGAGGCGCUCGGCUAUGUUCGACAGGCAUUGCAGCUUCAAGGGGAUGAUGUUCACUCCCUUCACCUGCUGGCCUUGCUGCUUUCAGCACAGAAACACUACCAAGAUGGUCUCAAUAUUAUAGAAAUGGCCCUGUCUGAGUAUCCAGAGAACUUCAACUUGCUCUACACAAAGGUGAAGUUGGAGAGCAUGUGCAGAGGAUCAGAAGAAGCUUUGCUCACCUGCAAACACAUGCUGCAGAUCUGGAAAAGCUUUUACAACCUUACAAAUCCCAGUGAUUCAGGACGUGGUAGCAGUCUGUUGGAUAGAGCUGUAGCGGACCGACGACAGCUCAACGCCAUGACUCUGCCAGACUUUAGUGACCCAGAUACUGGUUCUGUGCAUGCGACAUCAAUAGCAGCAAGCCGUGUUGAGCAGGCGUUGUCUGAGGUGGCCUCCUCCCUGCAGAGUAGUGCCCCAAAGCACGGACCCCUCCACCCGUGGUUGACUCUGGCUCAGAUCUGGCUGCAUGCAGCUGAGGUAUACAUCAGUAUGUCGAAGCCUGCUGAGGCAUCAGCCUGUACUCAAGAAGCCGCCAACCUCUUUCCCACAUCCCAUAAUGUGCUCUUCAUGAGGGGGCAGAUUGCAGAGCUCAGGGGCAACAUAGAUGAGGCAAAACGCUGGUAUGAAGAAGCCCUAUCCAUCAACCCAACGCAUGUUAAAACCAUGCAGAGACUGGGUCUUAUUCUCCACCAGCUGCAACGGUACAGUUUGUCAGAAAAGGUUUUGAGGGAUGCAGUGCAGGUCAACAGUACGGCUCACGAUGUGUGGAACAGCCUGGGUGAGGUGUUGCAAGCUCAAGGGAACGCCGCUGCCGCCACAGAGUGUUUCCUCACCGCUUUGGAACUGGAGGCCAGCAGCCCGAUCCUCCCCUUCACGAUCAUUCCCAGAGCAUUAUGAGACUCACACGUACAACGAGUAGCGUAGUGGAGCACAAAAACAGGCCUGUGACAAAUUCACACAUGCCUGCACGACACGAAACGACACUUGCGCACACUCUAUAGUCAAAUGACGAACUCUCCCUUCCCAUAAUGCCUUGCUGUAAACCCUACCCCACUACCUCUGGUGAUGCUGUUUUAUCAUUUUUGGGUGUGUUCGUAUUUUAUUGCCAUUGCAUUUUGACUCAUUUCCUACAUGUAAAAGAAGAGUUUACAUUCUGUUUAUAUCGUUGGCAUACUGUAUGUGAUUCAAGCACUGAUAGCGACGAUGAUGUCAAACUUGAUGACACUUGGUUAGAGCUGAGCGAUUUGAUUUGCCACACUAUACACAUACCGUCACAUUAUGCUGAUCACGUCCUGCUUGCCGAAAUGCCAAAAUACGGACCUCCCUCGACUGUCAACCCUUUUCGUAAUGGUGUUCCAAUGCAAGUACUGGACGGUGGCACCUUGAUUUAGAAGUGAUCUGACCUACCAGCUUUUCAAAAUACCUGCGGCCAAAUUAUUUUAUUUAUUUUUGUCGACAGUUACCUAGUGGGGGUAAACGGUAUCAAAAAUGGAUGGAUGAAUAAUUCUUCCAAAAAACUUCCUAUUUUUACUGUAAGAUGUUCUUUGCCACUCUGAGUUGAAAGUUACUGUAAAAUCAAAAGAAUUGUAAAGAAUUAAGAAAAUUUAACGCUCCACUUUUUUUUUUUUUUGUCGCCAUUAUAUUUAUCCAAACAAAUGUACCAAAAGCUGAAAACAAAGAAAUUAUUUUUUUCCCUCGACUGUAACUUUACGUCAUAAACAUUUGCUAGCCUAAUCCUAACACGCAAUGCAAAACACUGUAGAGUGGCAAACUAAACUAGCGUCGUUGUCGUGCGAGUGAGAACCCUGUUUGUACACAAAUGUCAUUCAUUACAUUUCAUACAUUUAAACCUCCGUGGAAAACAUUAAUAUUACUCCACCUUUUGUAGUUUUGUAUUUUCCCAUCAAGGCACGCACACCAUUGACUUCAAACAGGAAUCCUACAACACUAGUUGUCAUAUUUUUUUUAAAAAAAAGCAUUACACAUUUUUUUUCUUGGGCUGGGAUAAAAUAUUGACAUUUCCAUUCAUUUGGGUUUAGAGCCUAGUCAAGGAGUAAAUUAAACUCAUAAGUCAAGGUGCCAUUGUACAUUGAUUUUUUUAAUUUUUCCAUCAGUAGCUAGUUUGUAAUGUUGCCUGUAUGCUGUAUUAUGCUGGUUCUCAUUGAGAUUUUUACUGUACGCCAACAAAGGAGAUGCGCCUGUUUGCCAAGAUUGAAAUGAGACGACGUCUACGUCUAAAAAGUACCCGAACCUACAGCCGGCAGGAAGGUACAGGCCUUAGUUUCAUGUCAAGCUUUUGUACGCAGAAUCAGUAUUUACUGUAAGUUCUCAAGUCACAAAAGGGUGCAAAUAAGCAAAUUUGCCAAAAUUACUAAAUUGCCACCUAUAAACAAUUUGGGAGGAGGUUCUUGUCUAUUCUGUUUUUGCGGUGUGUACUGUAAAUGAAAUGCACCUGUACAUCCAUCUGGUUUAAAUGUAGGUCAGUUUUUUUUUGCAACAAAAUCAAAGUGUAAUGGUUGUAUAUUUUCUAGUGCCAUCAGUGUUAUUGUUAGAAAUUAAAUUAUUCUAUUUUCUGCACAGAGCAUGAUGUUACUGAGAUGUCACCAGACGAUUGUACACGAGUGUGGCUCAUUGAUCCUUUCAUGCUGUAAAUGACCGACUGAGCUGAGGAUGAUAAUAAAAGUCGAUUAUAUGUCUCUUGA